AAUCGACAAAGCCAACGGUUUUUCAGAGUCUCGAAAACCGAAGCGCCAACCGAUAAACACGAAAGGACGUGCAAGUGUGCUGUGAUAGAAUAGAAAGCCUUUUUGGCUCCUUUUUUGCCUUCCGCUUGCCAGAAAAUGUUCGAAACGUUGUAAACCAUCCUUGCUGGAAGGUGUUUUUGUACUUUACGCUUGUUAUUUAGUUUGGUUUUGCUUGCUACGCGCAUUUGUUCGCGAUGUCCAAGUACGAGAAGCAGGAACAAAAGACAAUCGCCGUUAGAACGGCGCGUCUGAACGAUUUGAUUCUGGGUCGCUCUAAUGGUGACGCACUUGCGUCCCAUGGGAAGGAAGCCGCUGACGGCAAUCUGUUUGAAGUGGCCCUCAGCCGGGAGGGUUUGCUGGAUUCGUUGCUGGUGCUGUACGACGAAUGUAGCAAAGACGCCGUGAAGAAAAAGGACAAACAAAUCGCUGACUUUGUCGCGAAAUACCGCCCAAUCAUCCAGGAGACGCGCGAAAGACGUGUCAAUGUUCAGGAUUUUGAUGUAAAAUGUCUCAUCGGCAAGGGAUACUUUGGCGAGGUCCACCUUGUGGCCGAGCGACACACGAAACAGCUGUACGCAAUGAAAAAAAUGGCGAAAGAGUCGGUCAGCUCGACCCAGGUGCGAGCCGAACGGGACAUCAUGGCUACAAGGCGUUCGGAAUGGAUUACACCGUUGCAGUACGCCUUCCAGGAUCAACAAUGGCUGUAUUUGGUCAUGGAGUUCUUACCCGGUGGCGAUCUGUUGAGCCUGAUGAUACGCGUCGGUGUGUUCGACGAGGAGUUGGCACAGUUCUAUCUGGCCGAACUGACGGCGGCCCUGCACAGUUUGCACUCGAUGGGUUACGUGCACCGGGACAUAAAGCCGGAAAACAUUUUGCUUGACCGUUUCGGACAUCUAAAGCUAGCCGACUUUGGAAAUGCGACGGCUAUCAAUGAUGACGGAAGUGUCACGAGCCCAAUGCCGGUCGGUACACCGGAUUAUAUUGCACCGGAGGUACUGCAAACACUAUCGACCGUGGGACGAGCGACAAGCAGCACCAAACACGACGUUACGUGUGACUUUUGGUCGAUGGGCAUCAUUGGGUACGAGUUCAUAACGGAACAAACACCUUUCCACGGAGACAACGUGAACGAAACGUACUCAAAGAUACUGGAGUACUGCGAAAAGCGUGUUACGAAGAAGCUCACCUAUCCGGCACACGUUUCAAUCUCCGCCAGUUACCGCGAUCUGCUCGACCGGCUAGUAACGAACGUGUCCAACCGUAUUUCGUACGCCGACAUAGUGCGGCAUCCGUUCUUUGGGGAUUUAAAUUGGGAUCGGCUGCGGUACAUGAUUCCCCCGAUUAUUCCAACCGUGGCAAGCGAUGACGAUACGUCCAACUUUGACGAUGUCGAUAAAACGGGAAAGCGUAAGGCGUUGCUUGGUCGGAAGCCCACGUACAACAUUGCUCGCAUGAACGAUUUUUCCGGCCACGAUCUUCCUUUCCUGGGCUAUAGCUACGUGCACGAGGAGCUGGAUGCGGCAGGGAUGUACCGGGACACGGAUGAACACAUGAAGGCGGCCAGACUUGCGGCAAAGGUGAAGGAGCAGGAGCGUCGAUUGAAGGAACACGGUGGCGAAAUCCAUCGCUUGCAGAAAGACGUGCUCGAGCGGGAUCGUAAGAUUGUGACCAUGACGGCACACAGCAAGAUACUGCAGGAAACGAAGAAGGAGCUCGAACGCAUGAAAGAGCUGCUGAAGGAGAAGACGGCCGAACUGGCCGCCACACGCACCGAGAACAAGACGCUGCGCAACAGUUUGAAAAUCGAAAAGGAGGAACGAUCGAAAAACGAUGCCACGAUCGCCGACGUGGUGAAGCAGACGUACAAGAAGUGGGAAAAAUCGAAGCAAGCGUCCGAUCAGGCGUACGAACGGCAGUUGGCGGAAAAGAAGACGGAACUCGCCGCAGCCAACGAGAAGCUGCGCGAAGUGUCUGCCGAGCUGAUGGGAAGGCUGGACGAAUGUGAGCAUCUGCAGGCGUCGGUUGAAAAUUAUAAGGAUUUGCUUAAAAAAUCCAAAGACAAGCUUCUGGCCGAUAAGGAAAAUCUGGAUCGCAGCCAGCAGGAGCUGAUCGCCACGUACGAUGCCAAGAUUGCGGAACUGCGCGCCAAAUGGAAGGCAGAGAAGGAACAGCGGGCCGGGCUGGAGAUGGAGGUCCGCGAGCUGCGCGACAAACUGCAGGAGGAAGAAUCGACCGUCAAGUUCGUGGCCGAAAGGGAGCAAAAGUUGGUCGACAACAUUAAGCGCCGCAUGACGAUGCAGCUGGAGGAAAACAAUAUGCUGCGAGAGGCGAAACAAUUUUCCGAGAAGAUGAGCGAAGAAAUGCAGAAGAAGAAUGAUCAUCUGCGGAACGAGAUCUGCAAGCUGCAGGAGGAAAAGAACACGACGGCGGUUACGAUCAGCAGCGUGGAGAGCAGCCGGCGCAGUUCGCUGAUCUUUGAGCAAGAGUUCCGCAGUGCCAACUCUAGCUUGCAGGACAUGACGACGGUCAUUGCGGGACCGAACACUGAGAUGCAGCUGCGCAAUGACUUGAUUCGAGCUAGGGAGGGCGAAAAUGAGCAGCGUAAGCGGGCGGAACAUUUAGAGGAGGUAGUCGGCCGGCUGGAGAAGGUAAUCGCACAGCUGAAGGAAGCUGGCACGGGAUCGUCCGGCGCAGAAACGUUGCUCGAGAAGCAGAAAGAAUGCUUGGAAGAUAAGCUGUCCGCAAUCCGGGAGCAGGCCAUACUGGACAAACAGUCGGCACGCAGCGCAAACCUUUCGCUGUGGAAGCUGGAGAAGGAACUGGACGGGUUGCGCGGGGAGAAGAGCAUUCUCACCCGUCGCAUCGAGCAGGCCGACGAGCGGGUGACGCGCAUCCGGCACGAGAAGGAAGAGCUGGAGUUUAGGAUGAAGCAGCAGCAGGAAACGAUCGCCAACAAGGACAAGCAGAUCGAGGAUCUGCGUGCGGACAUGUCGGCACUGAAGGGCGAGCUGAAGAAGGAGCGCGAGCUGUGGAGCAGCUCGGAGAAGGAUCGUUUAGCGGAGAAAACGGAGCUGAUCGAGUGUCUGGCGAAGGUACAGAUUAUGGAAGAAAAGCUCAAAGAAAGCCAACAGAAGCAGCAGCAGCUGAACGAUCGGGCCAAGCUGCUGACGGUGGAGAAUGGGCGGCUGGCGAAGGAACUGCGCGAAGCUCAGGACGAGCUGGCGGACGCAACGGAAUCGAGCGAAAGCGUCGAGCAACGUUUGGCGGCCGUUACAAAGAACUUCAACAUGCUGAAGGGUGCGUGCAGCAUCACCGAGACACAGCUCACGGAAAUGGAGCUUUUGCUCGAGAAGGAAUCGAAACGCAACAAGGAGUGUGGCGAGCAGAUGGAAGCACUGCGCAAGCGUAUCGCCGACAAGGACAGGGAGAUCGAGCGUGUCCGUCAGGAGCUGCAGGACGAGCGGGCCGGCAAAACGUUGAGCGAAUCGCGAACCAACCACCUGCUGGCUGAGUACGAAGAGCUGCGCAAGAAGUUUGAGGAGCUGCAGCGCCAGAUGGUCGAACAGCAGCAGGAGCUGAUCGAGAAGACGAGCCAUCUGUUCGAGGUGCAGGAGCGGAUCGAGCUGCUAAAUCACGAUGCCGAGAACUUGCAAAAGGUGGUGGCCAACUACGAGCAGGAGCACUACAUCCUGAAGGAGGAGAAUGCGCGCAUUUUGACCGACCUGUUCCUGGCCAAGGAGCACAUUACGAAGCAAACGAACGAGAUGCGCGAGCAGGCGGAUGCGAUCGAACAGCUGACCGCGGAACUGGAGCACGUGAAGCGCGUGCUGCAGGAGCAGAAAACGUUCUACUCCGAACGGGAUAUUAAGAGUGAAGCGACGCUGGCUCAGCACAAGAAGCUGAUCGAUUACCUGCAGGCAAAGGUGGAGGAAUGUAAUGCGCACAAGAAGAAGAAAACGUUGGCCGGCUUAAUCUUUGGCACAGCGUCCUCGUCGUCGUGCGAACGGAAGGAAAACAUUGUGCCCAAUGGGGCGGGUGCGAGCAAUGUGCCGGUGGAAUCGACCACCAGUUACCGGAAGCUGCAGGACGAGUUGCAAAAGGAGCGUGCACGCACUAACCAGCUGAAGGAGCAGUUGCUGCGUGCGAAAACGGACCUUGUCGCAGCGGCCAAGUGCAACACGCUACAGAAAAAGCAACAGAAGGACGAUGAAAAUCUGGAGGUUGAGCGAAGCGGUCGCACCGAAGGUCACCGACCGGUGACCAUGACGACGGAUCGUACGAAGAAGGACUCGCAAGCAAUGGAACAGCAAGCCGGCCGUCGCAGCGCGUCAGCAGCAGCGGAGAAGCGUACCACAGCCGGCAAUGCGCAUACGUUUGAAAUGACCAUUGAAAGCUCAUCAACCGCCGCGAAACAUCCGGCCGUACUGUGUGCGGUGUGCGAUCGUCAUAUCAUGGCCGGACAUCCUUACUGGAAGUGCACGGAUUGUAGCAUUACGGUGCACAGGAAAUGUCGUUCGCUAGUGACCGGCGGAUGUGGUGAGAGGCGAACGAGCGGAUGCAUUGAUGGUGGUAAAGCGAACGACUCGUUGGACGACUUUGCGGAGGAGCUUGGAGCGGUGGGCGAGGAAGAGACCGACGUCGAGUCGGUUGGUGAACACGGAGCACGCAAGAGCCCAGCGUUUUCGAUGACCAGUGCGGAAGAGAAGGCGGAGGAGGAUCACUACGUGGGCGAUUUGCUGUUCAAAACGAAGCGACUCGAACCGAAGCUGUAUGUGAACGAUAUCUACGAGAUCAGCGAAAAGGCAGUCCUGUUGGGAUGCGAUACCGGUCUCUAUUCCUACCACAUGGACACGGGUGAGAUCGUCCAUAUCCGGGGCAUCUCGAACGUGCGCUCGUUUGCCGUAUCGCACGCAAUCCCGAAGGCGAUACUGAUCGGGUCCGAGGGCGAAUAUCUGUACCAGUGUGAUCUGCGCCACUUGCAGAGCCGUGCCCACGCAUCCGCGUGCCUGCAACCGAAGCUGGAAUCGUUCGUGCUUGACCUGUCGAUCGCGAACCGCACGCACAGCGAACCGUGGCACAUUGUUCGCAUGAUGGAAGACAUUCCGGCCGGUGGAAAACUGUCCGAUGCAAUCGCCAUAGCGGCCACCUCGUCCCGGAUCGUGAUCCUAAAGUUUGACGGGCAGGCGGGUCGGUUUAAACCGGUCCGUGGGCUUGACACCAUACUCCCGGUGUCGACGGUUCUGUUCACCAAGGAUACAGCCAUCGUGGGGUCGGACAAGUUCUUCGAAAUCGACCUGCGCACGUACGCCGCCGAAGAGUUCCUGGACAUGUCGGACAAAACGCUGAGCGAGCUGCGAAACUGCGCACCGUUGGCCGCGUUCCGCAUCAACAGCCAGGAGUAUCUGCUCUGCUACCGGGAGGUCGGCAUCUUCGUGGACGAUUCCGGGUGGCGGUCGCGUCCGGACAGUUUGAACUGGUUGCAGGAUCCAGUCGAGUUUUACUACCGCGAAUCGUGCCUGUUCGUGGCCCAUGCCGACUGUGUGCAGGUAAUGUACAUUAGCAAGUCCUACACGAAGGAGCUAGCCUGCCGGCAGGAUCACGCGGAGGAUGAGCGGCGAGCGUUCAUUAGUUUGCGAGAAUCGCCGCGUCUGUUGGCACCGCUACAGUUCUCCCGGACGUCCAUCUACGUGGCCUGCGAGCGUGGGCCGGAACGCGAGCAGGAGAUUGUGUUGCUCGACGGGCUGAAAGCCCUGCGGACGGUGGGUUUCAGCCGGUCGCUGGAGACGCUUUCCAGUCUAGCGACAGGCGUUGGGCAGAGUCAGAAUUCUUUGUCGACCCUGGGCCAAGGUGUGUAAGGUGGUGGUGGGAGGGGUUCGUUCAGGCAGGGAGUCUAGGAAAAGCUUUGCACACAUCUCCCUUCACACAGCACAGGCAUGUGUUUUCCAUCCUUCUUUUAAGCCAUCUUUAUGGGCUUUUUUCACAAAUUGUUAGUUCUGUUUGAGCUUUCUCCUUUUUAUGUUUUCUUCACUUUCGACUCCAUAAUUCAUCUAAUAAAUGCAUUCUCUCCUUGACGAGGGCAGUACAGCUUAAUAUUUAUCAGUAAUUGACACUAUUUUGUCACUUUUUUCACUCUAAACGAAACAGUAAGGGAACGCACGGUUUCAUCAUAGUUUUAAAUCGUUUAAGGCCGGUUACUGUUAUUGACUCAAGCAUUGAAACCUUUUCAUACUUAAGUAUUUGAAUAGGAAGCCUAUGAUUAGUAUUGCAUAUUAAAGAAAUAUAACGAAUGCUGCAAUGCAUUUUUGUACCCGU